CUCCAGGCUUGGCGUGGGACGCUUGUAUGAAGGUAACUAAAGUAAAACUAGAAUUAUUUAAUGAGCAUCAAGGGGAUAUGCACGAUUUCUUUACAGCUAUGAAAAGAGGAGUGCAGAAAAUUUUAUCAUUAAAAGAAAAAUCAAGUCGAGGAUGUUGUCUAGAGGUUAAGUUAUCGAUUCCAAAAGAAUUACACCCUAAAUUUCGAGACUAUCCAAUGUGCCCAGAACAAAAGAAUGUACCAUAUGACUGGUAUAGUUCAAAACAAAAAGAAUGGGCAGGUAAAUGGAAGGAUGAAAAUGCAGGUAUUAGAGUUACUGGUUAUGUCGGGGUUAGAGCGAAAUGUUAUAGUGUUAUUACAGAAAAUCCACAAAAAAAUAUGAUCAAAGCAAAGGGUCUUAAAAAGUCUCUUAUCAAGAAAGAGCUUACACAUAAAAUAUUCGAAGAUUGUGUUUUAGAAGGAAAAGAGGAUCAACCACGAACCGCUCAAUUCCUCCGAAGUUACAGACAUCGAAUGUAUAAAAUAAAGCAAACAAAGAGAAGUAUUAACCCAUUAGAUACAAAAUUGUGGAUAGAUCAAGAUGGGAUUACAACGCACCUAUAUGGUGAUUGUGAAAUUCCUGAAGAAUAA